AUGGCGCCGCGGCUCAAUCCUCUCACAGCGAGAAAUGUUCUCCGCCAACCGUACCGAUCACUUGUAGUAUCGUCUCGACAGAACAGCACACAAUCCCCCUUCAAUUGGUCGGCCGGACGAAUUGCGUUUGCGGCAGAAAAAUCAAUUGCCCAAAAUUCCCAGCGACUCUACUCGUCAAAAUCCGACAAGGAUAUCCCAAAGGAAGACGAACAGCCUACCCAGAACGAAUUACCCCCAGUCAGCGAGGAGGCUGCAGCGAUUGAUAAGAUUCUUAGUGGGAAAAAAUGCGAUGGAAGCGCUCCUGGAUCCCCCGAGCUCGAGCAGGGUACACCGAUUGACGAGGUCUUAAAACGAGACAAGGACGCCCUGAAAUAUGCACCAAAAGUUUUCUUCCAAGACCAAAACAAGAAGGGUUCUCGUUCCUAUUCCACGUCCGCAAGACUCCAUCAAGAAGUCACACAGCAUCCCUCGGGAGUUCCUGAGGACCCGUCGAUAGCCUCGGUUGCAGACAUGAUUAAUGUUGCUACAGAACAUGCAGUUGAGAGACUACCAGGGCUGAAGUUUGGCUUGCCUUCACAACUUCCCAAAACGGAGAACGUGAGGAGUCGAUACGAUCCUGUAGUCGAACAGUUUACCAAACUACUCAUGGAAGAUGGCAAACUAAGCCGUGCGCAAAAGGAUAUGGAAUUCAUCCUUGACCAUCUUCGUACUUCAGCUCCCCCCAAGAUCGACCCCAAGCGACGCCUCCUGACGACCUUACCUGGUCCCCAGCUUCCUCUCAACCCCGUGAUAUACCUCAACCUCUUGGUCGAUUCGGUUUCUCCUCUGAUCAAGAUUCGCCAGCAAAAGGGUCUGGCUGGUGGAGGUGCUUCGGUCCCGAUGCCCGUUCCUCUCGCCAUGCGCCAAAGACGCCGUACAGCAAUUCGAUGGAUUUUAGAAGCUGCGGAGAAGCGGAAAGAUGGAAAAUUAGCCAUGCGCGUGGCUAGUGAGCUUGUUAGCGUUGCUGAAGGUCGAAGCGGUGUUUGGGACAAGAGGGAGCAUGUCCAUAAGAUGGGUGUCUCCGGCCGGUCCAACUUGCAGCUGAGAGGCCCUCAGGGCGGCCGAUAG